AUGGCACCUUAUGAAUCUUUAUAUGGUAGAAAAUUUAGAUCACUAAUCGGUUUGUUUGAAGUGGGUGAAACUGCCUUAUUUGGGCCAGAUCUUGUUCAUCAAGCUAUGGAAAAAGUUAAGGUGGCUCCAAUGAAAGGGGUAAUGAAGCUUGGUAAAGAAGGGAAGUUGAGUCCCCGCUAUAUAGUGCCAUAUGAGAUUAUUCGAAGAGUUGACCAAGUAGCCUAUGAGUUAGAGCUACCACAAGAGCUUUUAAAAGUGCAUCCGGUGUUUCACGUCUCAAUGCUUCAGAAGUGUAUAGGUGACCCAUCUCGUGUUACUCCUACUGAAGCUGUACAAGUUACGGGAGAUCUCACUUAUGAAGAAGUGCCCAUUUCUAUUCUGGAUAGACAAGUUAGGAAGUUAAGAAAUAAAGAAGUAGCUUCUGUAAAGGUAGUAUGGAAAAACCAACAAGUAGAAGAAGUUGCAUGGGAAGCAGAAGAAGCAAUGAAACUAAAACAUCCUCAUCUCUUCCAAAUCGAUGAGAAAUAUGAAAAUGUUGAGUUGAGGCAUUGA